UCGGGCUGUGCUGGACUUGGACUCAGACAUGGAGGUGAGCCAGGCACUUUGUCAGGAGGAUCGACUGCAGCUCAUCGCAGAGAAGAGGAAGUGGCAGACAGAGAUAGAAAACAAGAAACGUCAGCUGGAGGAUGACAGGAGAGCUCUGCAGCACCUGAAGUCAAAGGCUCUGAGGGAGCGCUGGCUGCUGGAUGGACAAGAACAGGAUGAAGUCAAGAGACAACUGGAGCAGGACGAGGCCAAGACCAGGAGCCUGGAGGACACCAUCAACAGGUUGGAGCAGGAGUUGGUCAGUCUGGAGACUGGAUCUGUGUGUCAGACUAUUACACAUACCACAGUGUCAUCAGGAUCAGAUAAAGCUGUAGAGAACAAAGGUCGCAGCAGCCGUGAGCAGGAAAGAACUGCACCUUCAGGUCAGGUAGUCCAAGCCUUUCCAGAGGUUAAGGUUCACAAAAGUCCUCGAAUGAACAAACCAAGAGAGGCGGCGGAGGAGAUGAAGAGAGCGAUGUACUCGGUGGAGAUUAAAGUAGAGCGGGACAGACUGACGGGGGAAACCCGGGUCCUGUCCACAAACACCACACUUCCUGUUGACCUCUCUCACCAAGGGGUCAAAGUUUACGAGGAUGAGCAGAAAGUGGUCCAUGAGAUGAACGGUGAGGACGGCAUUCACCUGCUCAGCUCCUCCGAGGUCGAAGAGCUCAUCCAUAAAGCUGAUGAGGCUUCGAUGAUGUCACAGACUGUUGCCACCGUUACCUCGCUCCCCACCGUGGAGGUCCAGGAGGAGGUGAAGCCCGAGACGCCGCCGUCCGAGCCAGCACGGGUCGCAGGGGAGAUCACGGGGCUGGAGGCCAAACCUGGUGGCGAGCCUAGUGUGGCUGAGGCCAGCGCUGAGAACCCGGUCACCAUGGUUUUCAUGGGAUAUCAGAGCGUGGAGGACGAGGCAGAGACCAAGAAGGUGCUGGGGCUGCAGGGGACAGUGACGGCCGAGCUCGUGCUCAUCGACGACGCCAACGGCAAAACAUCACCGGAAGGAGGCGGGAAGGAGGAGGCUGGCAGCACAGCCCAGACAGCAGCACUGCCUCCCCCCGCCUCCCCUGACCCGCCACCAACCACCAAGCCUCCGGUAGCGAUACCAGCGAGUAACGGGGAGACAGCGGGGGAGGUGGCGGGGGAGGUGGAGAGAGGAGCAGUGGAAGUAAAGAAGGAGAAGCAGCUGUGUAAGUGCUGCAGCAUCAUGUGACCUGCAGGGGCGCUGCUUGACGACAUUAUAAAGUCAUAUAAAGAUAAAGACGGAGACUUUCCAGGACAAAAAAACUACACAAACUAAACUCCACCCACUGCUCUAAGCCACGCCUCUAAAAACAUGACAUCAUCUCCUGUUCCCUGUCGCUUCAUUCUCAUCUGCUUUAAUGAAGCCUUUUUACUUUUGUACUCAUGUUUCCAGUGGUGACACACCUGAUUAGCAUUAGCAUAGCAUUAGCUUUAUCAUUAGCAGUCCUGAGAGUUGUAUCAUUAACCUGCUCUCUGUUGAAGCUCCGUCAUAUAAACCAUUAACUGUAGAGAUGUUCAUGUUUCUGUUGGUUUUAUAACAGAAAAUAAAGUGA